GCGGUCUGGCAGAGCGCUGAGUAAAAUCAGACCGAGCAGCAGCGCGAGCUACUCAUACACUAAUACACACUCACACUGCUAAUACACACUACUGUUACACACUGUUACACAGCCGCACGCGCCCGCACGAGGAGAGGAACUCCACACAGCGCGAGCAGCCUGAGAUGGACAGCUGCCAAUGACUGGAGCAAUGGAGAAGUAACGUGAGCAAGGCUAGCAACAACAUGGCGGCCCAUCGGAUUCGUGUGAGCAACAACAACAAUGCCCUUCCACGCUGCAAGUCUGAGGGCACGCUGAUUGACCUCAGUGACGGCUUAUCCGAGGCCAGUCUAACAGAUGUCAAAGUGCCUUCUCCCAGUGCCUUGCGGUUAGACAACUCUGAAUCCUUCGGAACGGCACAAGAAGUAGUUGCCAUCAAGGAUUACUGUCCAUCCAGCUUUACCACGCUGAAAUUUUCCAAAGGUGACCACCUCUAUGUGCUGGACACAUCAGGAGGGGAGUGGUGGUAUGCCCACAACAACACAGAGAUGGGAUACAUUCCCUCGGCCUACGUCCAGCCCGUCAAUUACAGGAACUCGUAUCUCAGUGACAGUGGGAUGAUCGACAAUCUUGGGGACAUCUCAGAUGAAGGGGUGAAGGAGUUGGACCUCUUGGGGGAAUGGACUGGAGUGACUCUAAAGCCCCCUUUGCCUUACAACAACAACAACAACCCUUUUUCCAUGCAUUCGUCAACCAAUCCGUUCCUGAACGGUUCAGUACAGGGCACUUUUGACCAGAACAGUAAUGAGAGGGUGAACCAACACAACAGCAUUGAUCUACUUCUCUUUGAUUCUCUGGGUCCAUCUCCUCCCAUCUCCAUUACCACCAGCAAUGGCAACACUAACUUUUACAGUAAUAGUAUUUUUGAUGGCAUGCCCACCAGUCCUGUGGUAGAACCCUUGCAAAUGAUUCGCAAGGACAACCCUUUUUUCCGAAGCAAAAGGUCAUACAGCUUGUCAGAGUUGUCAAUCCUGCAGUCUCAGUCCAAUCCUCCAUUGCCUUCAUCAGGGUUUUUCACAGGUCUAAAAGCACCUUCUCCAGAGCAGUUUCAGAGCAGAGAGGACUUUAGAACGGCCUGGCUAAACCACCGCAAGUUGGCCCGGUCAUGCCAUGACCUUGACUCCUUAGGGCAGAAUCCAGGCUGGGGUCAAACGCAGCCUGUAGAGACCAACAUAGUCUGCAAGCUUGACAGCUGCGGGGGGGCCGUACAGCUGCCAGACACUAGCAUCAGUAUUCAUAUACCCGAGGGUCACGUUGCAGUUGGUGACACCCAGCAAAUAUCCAUGAAGGCUUUGCUCGAUCCACCACUGGAACUGAACAACGACAGGUGCACCACAGUCAGCCCAGUAGUCGAGAUCAAACUGAGCAACAUGGAGAUCAAGUCAUUCAUAACCCUGGAGAUGAAAGUAUCUGUAGAAGUAAAGAAAGAGAGUCGACAAAUGGCGAGAGUGGUCUGCGUGAGGAGUGACUGCAAAGAGGGUCCCUACAUUCCUGUCCCACAGGCCUACAUCUACGGGGACACAGUCCAGGUUCAAUUGGACAAUCUAGAGCCAUGUAUGUAUGUGGCUGUUGUGGUCCAGUCCAACCAUAUUAUGUUUAAUUCAACAGUUUGGGAUCAUGUGGUAAAGAAGGUCACUCUGGGCCUGUAUGGACCUAAGCACAUUCAUCCAUCCUUCAAGACUGUGGUGGCCAUCUUUGGGCAUGAAUGUGCUCCAAAGACACUGCUUGUUAGCGAGGUUGGAAAGCAGGCUCAGUCCGCACCGCCUGUGGCACUUCAGCUUUGGGGGAAGCACCAGUUCAUCCUGGGUAGGCCUCAAGACCUGCUGAUAGGCAUGUACUCCAACAUGUCCAACUACGAAGUCAAGGCAAACGAUCAGGCCAGGGUAGUGCGAGGCUUUCAGGUGAAACUUGGAAAAGUCAGUCGACUCAUAUACAUGAUCACGUCUCGAAACGCAGACGAUUUAUCUGACUUCACCUUACGCGUUCAGGUCAAGGACGAUCAGGACUGUAUCCUUGCACAGUUCUGUGUUCAGACGCCACAACCACCCCCUAAAACUGGAAUACGAGCGAAUGGCCAGCGGAGGUUCCUAAAGAAAAAGGAAGUGGGAAAGAUCAUUCUAUCGCCUCUGGCUAUAACCACCAAAUACCCACAGUUUCAAGACCGCUGCAUCACGAACCUAAAGUUUGGGAAACUGAUCAAGACAGUCAUUAGACAAACAAAGAAUCAGUACUUGUUGGAAUAUAAGAAAGGUGAUGUCAUUGCCUUGCUAAGCGAGGAGAAGAUCAAACUCAAAGGACAACUCUGGACCAAAGAGUGGUAUAUCGGAUACUAUCAGGGAAAGACUGGACUUGUGCACGUAAAAAACGUGCUCGUCUUGGGCAAGGUGAAGCCCAUAUACUUCUGCGGGCCAGACCUCACCACCACGAUGCUGCUGGAACAAAUCCUAAAGCCCUGCAAGUUUCUUACGUACAUUUAUGCCUCUGUGAGGACCGUACUAAUGGAGAACGUGGGGAACUGGAGGGCGUUUGCUGAUGCCCUGGGCUACGGCAAUCUGCCCCUGACUUACUUCUGCCGGGCAGAGCUGGACAGUGAACCGGAGAGAGUUGCGUCCGUGCUUGAGAAACUCAAAGAGGAUUGUAACAACGUGGAGAUCAAGGAGAAGAAGUCGUUUCAGAAGGAACUAAUGACGGCUCUGCUGAAGAUGGACUGUCAGGGUCUGGUGGCCAGGCUGAUUUUGGACUUUGUGCUGCUGACCACUGCUGUGGAGGUCGCCCCACGCUGGAGAGAGCUGGCCGAGAAACUAGCCAGAGUGUCCAAACAGCAGAUGGAGGCUUAUGAGGCUCCGCACAGGGACCGCACAGGAGUGGUGGACAGCGAGGCCAUGUGGAAGCCGGCGUACGACUUCCUGCUGACGUGGGCUGCUCAGAUCGGGGACAGUUACCGUGAUGUGAUCCAGGAGCUACACCUGGGCCUGGACCGCAUGAAGAACCCCCUUACCAAACGCUGGAAGCACCUCACUGGUACCCUCAUCCUCGUCAACUGCCUGGACAUGCUCCGGAGCUCUGCCUUCAGUCCUGCCCCUCAGGACGACUUCGCCAUCUAGAGGACACACCUCCUAUCUACCUGGACUCCGCCCCGCCCCGCCCUUCCUUACCUUGUCUCAUUACGGAAGGAAUUAUCUUUUCUGUCCACUCAUUGCUGGAGGACACGCUGGACUUUCACUUUGGGCACCUUGGACUUCUUGGACUUCUUCUGGGCUUUCUUAAGUAUUGUCAAAAACAGUGACAGUGACUACCACCACCAUGUUUUACCUCAGUGUGGAUUUUUUUCAUACUACUCUCCGCCCCUCGUUCCUGAUUGGACACCUAGUCUAGUCAAUCAAGUCAAUCAAGCCAAAACACUAAUGUGGUCUAACAUAUGGCUGUAUUUUGAAGCUCUAAAAGGCAUUUUUUUAAAUUCUCCUCCUUUUGCGAUACAUAUAUUUUUUUAUAUACUGUGGCACAGCGACAAUUUGUAGAAUCACUUUGACACUUUUCUGAAUAGAUUUUUUUUCUGAUAACAAUAGCAAACAAAAAAAAAGAGUUUGUUUUUCUGAUAUAAAGUCUGCGGUUCAGUCUAGUAGCGUCUCUUUGUUGUUCACCUGUUCGACCUGUCGACCCUUCCUUUACCUGAAUUGCCAAAUGAUCGUAAGCCUUUUUUGCUUUAACGGCAUGUUUAACAUUUCACUGUUAAAUUCAAAAAAGUAAAAUUCAAAGUCUAAUUCUGAAAAUGCUUUAAUUUCUCACAAAAGAAUAAAAAACUCAUGUGUCCGCUCGCUUUGGUAAAGACACAUGAACAGUCUGAGAUGGACAAGCGCACAACAGAAGGUCAAUAGGAGUGAUAGGAUGCUAAUUGUGAAUUAACGAACCCUGUGGAAUUAGCAAGAGUCAUGUUACACGUCUUUUUAACAAAAAAAAAAAAAAACUAAAGGUUCUAGGGACGGUUAAGUGUCUGAAUGUCAUUUUUUGCUGUUCAAAAAAGGUUGUUGGCAAUUAAUUCAGCUUUUCUCUGCUUGCCUUGAGUCAGAAACUGAAGCUAAGGCCAAACAAGUAUGACAGUGUUAGCAUUAGCAAUGCAAAUUCCUGACAUCUGUCAGUGUCUGGAAGUAUAGCCUGCCUGAAAUAUAUGCACCCCUUAGCAAUGCACACAGCAGUGUUGUGGCAGUGUUUUACUUUGGACAAAGUAUAAAAUCCCAGUAAAAUGUCAGGUCUGUAACAAAGUGUCUCACAGUCCAAAAGCAAACACAGGCAUUAGGCUGAGGUUUAGCUAGACUUACAGUACAAGUCCACUAGCACUAUUCUUGGAUGUGUUCAGCCUUGGCGGAGCUGUCGGCUUCCCAUGUGGGCGCGUCUAUACGUUUUUUACAUUUCAAAUCAGGCGGUUUUUAAAGAUUUUAACAUUUAAUUUGUCCUCAUUCUAAUCUGUAGUUCUGUAAAUACAGAUUCACUGUCUGUUUAUCAGAAAGUUUUGACAUCUUUAAAAGAACAUUCCAGUGUUUAAACAUUUCCUUGAACUUACAAAAUAAUAGAAAAGCUGCCAACUCAAAAUUCUUUUUCAAAGGUUUGUUUCAAGGCAUUUGGGGGCCCUAGGCAAAAAAGGUUAGACCUAUGAGGCUAAUGUAGCUAGCUAACCACUAGUAAAAGCUAGCAGAAUUUCUGGAAUUACUGUACCUAGUUUCUUUUAGUUAACUGCUAGCUAUCUAUUAGCAUUUUACGUUAUUGGUUUAGCUAUCUGGCUAGCAUUGUUCAUUUCAUUUCAUUGAUACAGUCCUCUGUGUCCAAAACAUAUGAUAUGCUGCCUAGUCAGACAGGAUUCUGAGGCAGGAGGGCACUCAGCCUUCUUUAUUUUUUAUUUAAUUUGGCUAAAAUGCUAAUUGCUUUUAGACAACACAGCUAAAUGCACAUAUACGGCAGUGAGCUGUCCUUACCUUGCCACAUCAUGAAGUAUUUUUUCCUUUUAGUUUGGAUAAACAGAGCUACUUCACUACACUGUUAGCAUUUUUUGCAUUUUACACAAAGUAUGUUUAGUUAAACAGAAUUAAAACACACCAACUCUGCUAGCCUCCCAUAGACUUCCAUUCAUUAUGCUAGGCUAAACGUUGUUAGCGCUGCUUAUCUAGAAGAAAUUAAGAAGUGUGUCCAAAUUUUCAUUUUUUUCUGACUGAAGGGAAGUUAGAAAAACCUUAUUUGAAUUGCCAAAAUCAACGGUUUUUGAAUGAUUAAAGUGUUAAGUUGCAGUAUUAUUGUUAUAAGUGGUCCACUUGAAAUGUGCGUUUCUGUGUGUGUCUCUAUUUAUGUAUGUAGGCGAUGAAAAGACAUGUUUAGUCAGUUUUGUUCUGUUUCUUUAUUUCUAUUUGUUUUGUAUUUCUGCUGUUACGUGUCUUUAUUUCCACUGAUUUAUUUGCUCCAAACUUGUGUUAAUCAAAUUAAUCAUCAUUUCAAUGCUGUUUUAUUAAGAUUUUUUGUAUAUGAUCUCAGUUGCUGGACAUUUAGCACCUAUCUGGCCGCUGUAACGUCUGCAUCAAGCCUGCGGAAGCCUGACUAAUUGCGUAGCUGUAUAUUCUCUGAAUGGAUAGAGCUCUGUCUAAUCAAUGAGAUCUCUGAUUUCUCUGACAGUAAAUAUUGGAAAAUAGUAGGCCGCUAUGUCUCACAUGUUGUCUUAGUUUCUGCCAAAUGUUUAGAGAUAUUUUGAAUCAGAUGUGCUGUACAAUUUGUUCCAAUGGAUUCAAUAAUAAAACAGCUGUCAGCUUUUA